AUGGGGCUUCGCUCGAUGGAGCCACACUUGUCAACUCAUGUGCCUUACGGAUAUCGUAUUUGGUAUGCUGGUAACACACUGGCUUACAAUGCGAUCGCCAGGGAGGCAGACUAA